AUGGGAGAAGUUUGUGAGGAGAAGAGCACGGAGCCAUGGCUGUUUUUUAUCUGGCGGAGCUGCAACGCCCUGAUGUCUCUGUUCUUUGCUCUGGCCUCUUACGUUCAGAUCAAUGAUCCAGACGCAGGAUUAUGGAUGGUGGGUUAUGGUGUCCCUGCUCUCCUGUGCGCGUUAAUUGGCUUUCAACCCCGUGUGACAGAAACGUUGCCCUGGAGGCGCGGGGCUGACCUCCAUGUCAUGAUCUCCACUGCGGUCAUAUCCACCUUAGGGUGGAGACUUUACAAAGAGGGGGUCACCAACGUCUUCCAGCAGGAGGAGGGCAGGUAG